UUAAAACCUCGGUCUAAGUCGAGUCUAACUUGCGCAAAAUUUAGACUCCGCCUAGGGGUAGUUUAAACCAUGGUUUAACUUUCAAAAUGGCUGAUCUGCUUGCUGCCUUGCGACGGGGAGAGCAAAUGCUCGAGCUGAAUAAUCAAGAAGAAGAGAUCGAGAGGCCGUUGGUGGAAAGGAAAAACCCCUUUCAUAUUUAUGAGAACAACGAUUUUCUGCAGCGGUAUCGCUUCACUAAGCACACUGCGUUACACAUUAUUGAAGAACUUACGCCAGCUUUGGAGAGACACACGAGUCGCACUAAUGCGGUGCCAGUGCACCUUCAAGUGCUCACCGCCAUGCGUUUUUACGCAGUUGGCACGUUCCAAUUACUACAUGGUGAUGAGUGUGGUCUGUCUCUGAGUUCUUUGUCACGGAUAAUAGUUCAAGUGUCAACUGAAAUUGCUCGAUGGCGAAGAAGGUACAUACACUUCCCGAAUACACCUGAACAGGUGGCACGUACUCAAGAAGAAUUUUUCCAAUACUGCGAUUUUCCAGGUGUAGUUGGUGCUAUUGACUGCACCCAUGUGCCUAUCAGAUGCCCUGGUGGAGAAAAUGCACAGAGAUUUAUCAACCGAAAAGGGAGGUUCUCUGUCAACGUCCAGGCAGUAUGCAAUCACAAUGGACUGCUAAUCAACCUUGUUGCUAGGUGGCCAGGAGGAACUCAUGAUUCCAGAAUAUUUAGAGAAUGCCAACUGAAAGAAAAUCUUGAACGAGAAAGUCAUGAAGAAAAAUGGCUUCUUGGCGACAGUGGAUAUCCUUGUCAGCCGUAUCUUAUGACGCCAAUUCAAAAUCCAGUGGGAAGGGGAGAAAUCAGAUAUAAUAGAGCUCAAGUCAGAGGUCGCAACAUAAUUGAACGAACAUUUGGAAUGAUGAAGAGAAGGUUUCCCUGCAUGAACGAGCUUCGCUUGAAGCUCAAUACAACCCUUAUGACAAUUGUAGCAGUAGGUGUUUUAUGGAACUUGUCAAUUUUGCGGAACGAACCAGAGAUUGCAGGUCCAGAUGGAAUCCAAGUUCCAGGUGAUCAACUUCCUCCUCCAGGCAUGAAUAAUGUGGCUGGUCACCUGAGAAGACAACGGAUCAUUCAAGAUAAUUUUGUAUAAUCACACUUUGUCCGCUUUAUCUAAUGAUGUUCAAUUGAAUGAGGAAUACUUGUCUGAAUGUGCUCUGCAUAAUGCUUAACAUUACUCUCAUAACAAUAGUAGCAGUGGAUGUGCUAUGGAACUUGUCAAUUUUGCGGAACAUCCGUUAACAUACUGUAUAUCCUUUUCAACCAUACCUUAUGACACCAAUUCAAAAUCCAGUGGGUAUAGGGUAGAUUAGGUACAACAGAGUUUACUCAGAUUGUAAUAUCAUUGAGUGUGUUUUGGGGUCGAUGAAGAAUUUGUUUCAAGGUAGCAAUAUUAACAACAAAAUGAGAAAACAUGGUAAAUGCAGAUGAACAAGAAACGCUUUCCCAUGACAAAUAUUUAAUUAGAAUCUUGCUGGUUUUGCAUGAGAUCUAGUUUCCUUUGCUGCACUUUAUUCUUCAUUUGUAGUAUCUCCAUCUUGACCUUUUGCUGUUCCUCGAGGUAACCAAGUUUGAUCCUCUGUUCAUCUUCAAGGAACUUCAUUCUCUGACGAUGUUCCUCUAUUUUCAGACAAUGUUCCUCUUCAGCAUGUAAUUUCAGGGUUUCUUCAAGGCUGGGUGAUGAAGUUGUUGCUGCAGGAGUUGACACCCUUCUCUUUGUUUGUGAAUUCCUAUGUCAUAUGAAGCCAAACCAUCAAUUGUUACUGCAUAUUUUUAAAUUGCUGUUUGGGAAACAUUCAUUUUAUUGUAUGAUGUGUGAACUGGAACAAGUUUUCAACUCUGACAUAAUGAAAUAAUCUUAUCUUAAGUGUUAUAUGCCAUCCUAAAUUAUGACUGCACUCUCCUCAUAUGUAAAAGAAUAAAGUGUACUCAAGUCUGAAAAUUAAGGGAUGUGCUUUACCCUUUUGGAUUUAAUGCAUGAGGUAAAUAUUUUGCCAAAUUGUUUUUUUUUUUGCAGAAACAUCUUUUUGUUGCAAUGGAGACCUGUUCUUACACACAGGUUUGAAAAUAUUGAAAUAACUUUGAUUUCAUGUAAUAAAAUAUGGAAAGGGAAAGUGAGGACAUGACAUCAAUUUACUACCUAAUACAUAUUCACGAGUGCUAAAACAUGUAAUUGUUUUCACCAAAUAGUGCCGAACUUUCAAAUUCAAUAUUUUCAUUUCUUUUUAUUAAAGUUUCAGUGUUUUCCUUAUUUUUUUUAAAUUCAUAUUUUAUUGAUCUUUUUCGACCAGAGGUAAUUUGUUGAUGUUAAAUUAAGAUUUCAUCAUGUUCAGCCCAGAGUAUCCCUUUAAACUUUAAACAAUGUAAUCAAAUAAUUAUAGCAAAAAGCUGUAUAGAUAUUUAGAAAGAUAUUCUGUAUUUAAAUGAAUUAAUUGUAAAAUGCAUUCUGUGAGUUCUUCCAUAAGUGCAAUGAAUGUUAGAUUCAAAUAUUUUUCUAGUAUCUUGAUGUUUCUAUAUUCAUAUUUAUCUAUAUUAUCUAUCAGAAAUCUUUUCUUAUAGGAAUAUUAGGAAAUAUUAUUAGAAAUUGGAAAUGAAAAUUACCGUUUUACAGGAGUGACAUCAACAGAGGUACUGCGAAGGGCAUUAGUGCUGGCAGAGGUGAUAGAGGGGUGGAUGAUGUUAGCAUCUGUGGUUGUGGACAGUGUUGGCUGAACCAAGUCACUUCUGCAAGAUUUAACAUUGUGCUGUGUUAAGAGAGCUGAAUGAAUUCAAAUACUCAAAUAACGAAAUGUGACAAUUUAAUGUCAUUAUACUUUAAACUUGAAACAUGUAUUCAAAUGUUUAUAGCAAAAAGUUGUUCAGAAAUCUAGAAAGAUGUUCUGUAUUUAAAAGAAUAAGUUGUAAAGUAUAGUCUCUGAGUUAUUCAAUAGGUGCAAUGAAAGCUGAAUAUACAUGUGUAACAUAUUUUUUUCUAUUUUGAGGUUGCUAUAUUCUAUAUUUAUGUAUAUUAUGCUACACACACAUAUAUAUAUAUAUAUCUAUAUCUAUGCCUACAUCAUACAAAAGGGCGAAGUAUAUGAAUGGGUUUAUUCCGUCAAUACACGUAUAGACGUAAAGACAAAGGUAGAGGGCUUUAAGGCGAAUUACGAACAAUGAAAGAAGACAAAAAAAUUCGCCUUAAACACAGAUGUAGAGAUUUAUAUAUAUAUGCGUAUGAAAUAUCAGAAAUAUUAUCUUUCAUGAAAUUAAUAUUUAUAUCAUAAUAUGUAUGCAUAUGACAUAUCUGACAUAUUUGCUUG